AUGGGUCAGACGACGACUACGACAGCUGCAAGCACAAUCUUCAAUGCAACAAUGCCUACACCGGUAGAAGGCCGUCCAUCGCUCGAAAUCGAUGUCUUCCCACGGGCCAAUACUACAUACAAUUACACAGAAUAUCUGCCAGUCGUGUUCGCCUUCCAAAACAUGAAUGCGACCCUUGCUCUGGGCAACGUUUAUUUUCAGUGGGCCAUCAUGCCUUACGGGACCGAAGAUGACUGGAUUUUGGGCGGAAUAUGGAUAGAAGACCCAGGAUACUCUGGCCUAGAAACGCAUAAUGUCCCUGACUUCUUCAAUCCUGAUGGAUCCCCAUAUUUUAUGGUAAACUCGACAAACACGACGAAUUGGAACACGAAUUCUGUCCCCUCAAAUUGGCCUGGAGAGGAAUUUCUAUACUCGCUGCGAUGGUAUCUUAGAUGGUCUGCGUUCGGGUAUGCGCGGGAGGACGAGACCUGUGUUUACUUGCAUGGUGAUCUCAAAGGAGACAUGUUCUUUACCAUGCACCACACACGAAGCUCGGGAGGCUAUUGGCAGGGUGACAGCACGACAUACCCGAACCCUCGAGAGCUUGGCAAUGUGACAGGCAAUUGUGCGCAAUUUGGAGGCAUGCGGGAGAUCAAUGUCAAUAGCACGGAUCUGUGUGAGAAGGCUAGGGUGGUUUCAAGUGGUAAUCCUUGCACGGUGAAGCCGGAUGCUGCAUUGGUGAGCAGCAUGUCAAGCGUAGCAGCGUUGCGAGCUCAACCGACGCCAACUAGAAUUGAGGAGCCUUCCUCAUCGAGCGCAGCCCGUGCUAUGUCGAUGCCUGGGAGAGCUGUACUUGUCCUUGCUGGAAUCAUUGGUGGUCCGGCACUUCCUAUAUGA